CAAAGGGUGGAUUUGCAGCAACCAGUAAGGUGCAGUGCUGUUAUCCACCCAAAUGUGAGUAUUUAUAAGACUGAGUUAGGUGGAUAUUUGGCUUCUGAAAAUUUCCUGAAGUGGAACUUAACACUGUUUCAUCAUGACUUCCUACACUAAUAAAGGAGAGAAGCCAGAGAAGGGUCGAUUUGUCAGCUUUCACCACAUCACAUUCUGGGUUGGAAAUGCCAAACAGGCUGCGGGAUUUUACUGCAACAAGUUUGGAUUUGAGCCUUUUGCAUACAAAGGACUGGAGACAGGAAGUCGUGAGAUGGUAUCACAUGCCAUUAGGCAGAAUAAAAUUAUAUUUGUUUUCCAAUCGGCGCUGAACCCUGGUAACAGAGAAAUGAUGGAACAUUUAGGCAAACACGGGGACGGUGCGAAAGACAUUGCAUUCCAGGUGGAAGAUUGUGACUUUCUGGUGAAGAAAGCAAAAGAACAUGGAGCUGUUGUUGUGAAGGAGCCAUGGAUAGAAGGGGAUAGCAAUGGCAAAGUGAAAUAUGCCAUUCUCAAAACUUACGGUGAUACAACACACACCCUGGUGGAGUAUUUGAGUCCAUUUCGUGGUUGUUUCUUGCCCGGAUACAAGGAGCCCCUCUUCAGCGACCCACUCCUUCGCAAGCUACCCUUGGUAAAUCUGAAUUUCAUUGAUCACAUUGUGGGAAACCAGCCAGAUGAUGAGAUGGUACCUGUAGCAGAUUGGUACCAGAAAUGCCUGAUGUUUCACCGCUACUGGUCAGUAGAUGACAAACAGAUCCACACAAACUAUAGCUCCUUGCGUUCCAUUGUCGUGGCAAACUAUGAGGAGACCAUCAAAAUGCCCAUCAAUGAGCCUGCUCCUGGAAAUAGGAAGUCCCAGAUCCAGGAGUAUGUGGAUUACUAUGGUGGAGCUGGAGUGCAACACAUUGCUCUCAACACCUCUGAUAUCAUCCAGUCCGUCACAACCUUAAAAGGCCGUGGGAUGGAGUUCCUGAACACCCCAGACUCCUACUACGAUCAAUUGAAAGAAAAAUUAAAGACUGCGAAAAUCAAGGUGCAAGAGGACAUGAAAAAGAUACAGGAGCUCAAGAUUCUUAUUGAUUUUGACGAUAAAGGCUACCUGCUGCAGAUCUUCACCAAACCUGUCCAAGACAGGCCCACGCUCUUCCUGGAGGUGAUACAGAGACAUAAUCACUAUGGUUUUGGAGCUGGAAACUUCAAGUCAUUGUUUGAAGCCAUUGAGUGUGAUCAAGAUGCAAGAGGAAACCUCACUGCUUACACUGAUAGCAACAAAGUGCCAUUUUAUUAAAAUAACUGGACUUCAAAUCAUAGAGCAUCUUUAAGAACCUCUAAACACUAUUAGUAUUAGGAAUCCUUCAGCAUCCUCAGCUUUUAACUUCCCAAAGUCUUUACAAACUUAAAUCCAAAGGUGCUAUCAGAUAAUCAUGACUUUUAAUUUGUUUUUCUGAGCCCUGCACUGUGAGCUUACAUUUGCUGUCUCCUCAAUUCCUAAAUAUUUGCAUUGUAUUUCACAAUUUUAUUAAUGGUUACAGUAUAUCACGGGUUAUUCCAGAUCACUGAUCCAAAGAGUUCUCUCCCACUUCAAGCACGAUAUUUGCUUAGUACUAACAUCUAUUUGCACCACCACAAGUGUUUGCCACAUACAUUUCCCCCCAUCAAGUACAUGUACUAAUUCACACCUAUUGAUGUGCAAUAUGCAUUUAAAUUGUGGCAUUUGAAUCACACCCAUGUUCAUACAUCUUUGCACUUACACAUAUUGUCCACAGCUCCUGCACACAAUCAUUAACACUUUCACACAGGUCAUGUAAUCUGCCAAUUGACACAACACACACUAUAAAGGUACACAAGCAGGAGGUAAAUAAAUACCCCAUUGGAAGUCCUGAAUUUAACCUGUAAAAUGAGUAUAUUUAAUAAACAUGUCAAACAUA